UCAAUCAUUAAUUAUAAAAGUUAGUAAGAAGUUAUUAAAUGAAGAUGAUAUUGCCAAUAAUUGAUCGUAUUUUAUUGCUAAAACAACAACUUUUAAGAGGUAUAUUAAUCAAACAUUUUUAUUGUCCUGCACAAUUUCAUUAAUAUUGCAAUUAGUAUUAAUUUAUCAACUGCCUAGAAAUUGUAUUAUGUUAUGUGUCUAUUAUUAUAAAUUUAAUUUGCUGAAAAAAACCAAUUAAUGGUUAUCAAUGUUGAAUACAUAAUCAGUUAUUAUGUAUUUAUUUUAUGUUGGGGACUUAUCUGCAUUUGUUAAAAGUUGUUUUGCGCCAUGCAGAAGAAAAACUUUAAAAAAAAAACAGAAAUUCAUCUCCAUGGAACUCAAAUCGGAUAUCGACCAUCAAAACAUUAUUGAAGAAGUUAAUGUAUUCUUAUUUGAUAUGCCCGAAAAAUAUUCUCUUGGGCAUUGUGUCGCCAGAGAUAUGCGUAUGAGUGCUGGCAUCGCCACACAUUUCAAGAUGAUUUUCGGAAGAGUUGGUGAACUGAUGGACCAAAAACCAAAUGUUGGUUCAGUAGCAUAUUUGCAACACAAUAAUAGAUUUAUUUACUAUUUAAUUACAAAGGAAUGUAGCAACGGUAAACCAACAUAUAACAGUAUAACUGCAGCAAUUACAAAAUUACGUGAUUUCAUUGUAAAACACGGUGUUAAACAAUUAGCCAUUCCACGUAUUGGUUGUGGUCUCGAUAAAUUAGACUGGUCAUUAGUAAGAAACAUUGUUAAAAAUAUAUUUCAAAACGCAGGAUGUAUAAUCAAAGUUUGUCAUUUUACACAUAAUAUGUCAAAAGAGUCAGAACUUCUUCGAAUUGAUCAUCCAAGCACUAUAAAAGUUCAUAAAAAUAUCAAAGAUAUAGAAAAGCGAGAAUUUGAAAAACUGAACAUAAUACUAUAUUGUCGGAAAACUACUUUACCAGUGUAUUGGGAUCAAUAUUUUCAAUCAGUCAAUGAAAAAUACUGUUUCAAGUCACAAUACGAUAAAGACUAUCAGGUAGAUCUUAAAGUUGGUCAGUGUUUACAUUACAGCACAAUAGAAGCUAACGUAUUUGUUAUUGUCACAAACAAAACUAUAACAGACCAUUUUUCAUACCAAAACUUAGAGAAAGGACUUGUAAUAAUAAAAAUGUUGAUUGAAAAGGAUCAGCAGUGGCACCCUACAUUCAUAAUACACACAAUGAAUGAUCAUAAAUUUGAAAAUCUAAUUAAUAAAAAAAUUGUAUCCUUAAUUUGUUCAGCAUUUGUAGACUUGACUCCAUGUGUAAUUUUUCAAAUAGAAAGUAGUAAAUCUUAAACAAAAUUUCUUGCCGAGUUUGAAGUUCAUGGGGCAUGCAUAGCAUAAAUGAGUGAUGUAUGUUGAAUGUAUUAAUUAUAGCAUUUAUUUGUCUUAUUUUAUAAUUUGAAUUUGAAAAUGUAAAGUAAAAUAUAAAAAUUAAAGACAAUAUACAGUUUUU